AUGUCUCUCGCCGGCCCCGCAGUGGACCGACCUGGGCAAGGCGGUACGGCAUCCGACUCGGCUGGCCCUCCCAGUCGCGUUGGCAACCUCCAGGUUGACCAGGCGGCGCCCGAUGGAGCUGGCUUCCAUCCAAACGCUCUCGGCGGGCCGACACGUCAACCUCCCACUUCGGCAGAGAUUGAUGCGGUCAUUGCAGCUGCGAUAGCGAACGCACCCCCCGCCCCACCUCCCAUCGAGAUUGGUCUCGAAGCAACUUCGGUGCGCUCUCUCACACCUCUCAUGACCAACAUUCUCCCGUCGGCCAUUGGUUCUGACGGGCGCGUAAACCUCUUCGUGGGCAACCUUCCGUACCGCGUCCGCUGGCAGGAUCUCAAAGACCUGUUCCGCAAGGCUGGCACAGUGCUGCGGGCAGAUGUUAGCCUCGGCCCCGAUAACCGCAGCCGUGGCUACGGCAACGUACUCAUGGGCAGCCGCGAGGACGCUGCAAGGGCCAUCGACCGCUUCAAUGGUUUCAUGUGGCAGACUCGCACACUCGAAGUCCGGCCGGACCGUCUGCCGCCAGAGUAUGAGCCUCAGCCCCAUGUUCAUCACAAGCCCAUGUUCGGUUUCAUGCCUCCGCCCAUGCACAAUUUCGCCGGCGGCGGUUGGCCCCCUCGCCCCCCUCCCCAAGGUCCACCGUUCGGCGGCCCAUUCCCUCCUCACCUCGGUCCGGCGUCAUCGCACGCCGGUCCCCAGGCAUUCGGGCGAUCUUCAGCUCUGGCCAACCACGCUCCACCGGCUAUCCCUCCCAUUGGAGCUUCUCCUCUCGCAGGGUCGCUCACGUCGGGAACCUCUGGCGCUGCCGGCGCCCCUGGCGCACCGGGCAACGUCGGUGGCGGAGGCGCCUGGAGUCACUCUGGUCACUCCAGUCUGGCACCGUUCGGAGCGUUGCCUGUUUCAGAUCAGAACCCACUGCCGCUGAGGAGCAAGUCACCAGGAUCACUCGCACCAUCACGUCUGCCAUCGGAUCCUACCACCGCUUCACCGGGCAACGACGACCUCCUUGGUCGCGCGCCGGGCUCUGGCCGUAUCCCACCGCCGUUCUCAAACGCCCUCUCUCCCGAGGUCAACACUGCGCCGCUGAGGCGAUUGUCUGGAGGCCAAGAUGCUGCCCCCACGCUCCCGAUUGCCCCUCCGGCUAUCGCUCUCAACGGCCUGGCUGGCCAGGCAAAGGACCUUGGGGCUCCGGCCACUCUCGUGGACCGCGUAGUGUUCGUCAAAAACCUGUCCCUCGCCACUCAGUGGCAGGACUUGAAGGACCUGUUCAGGCCCGCUGGUGUUGUCAUUCGUGCCGACGUUGCUACUGGUCCCGACGGCCAGGCUCGCGGCUUUGGCACAGUGCUGUUUGCGUCUAAGGACGACGCUCUCAAGGCCGUGUCCAUGUUUAACAACCACGAGGUGGACGGGCGAGUGCUGCACGUUCAAACUGAGCGACAGACGCUCGAGGACAAGCAAAUCCAGCCGAUUCACCCCAUCGAGCCACCAUUCCCGUCCUUCAAGCCGUCGCCUUCUGUGUGGACGCAGCCAUCCCUUCCCCCUCUCAACACCACGGAGCAGUUUGGGGCGUCCCCUGCGUCCUCUGGGCACUCACCGAACAAUGCCCGUGUCCCGUGGCAGCUCAACACGGCCAGCGUUACCGAAGGUGGCGCGCCGGCAGCUCGACGAGAAUUGCCCGACGACCUGCGUAACAACAAGCUGAGGCAUCCUGGCCCAAUCAACCUCCCUCCCUUCCCCGCCGUCAAUGAGAUGAACGUUCUCAGCCCGCUCCAGACACGAAACCUGCCGCCAAUGACACCGUCUAUGCCUGGCUUCGUGUUCAACGCCUACCCCCGGACGCCGCCGGUUCCACCCCAAUUCCUUGCGGCUGGCAUGGGGCCGUUCUCUCCCGGUGCUCCGGUCACGAGCCCAAUGUACAACACCAGGAAUGCGUUCUUGAAUGCGGCCCCAGGUGCUCCUGUGCACCGCAACCCUCAAGGCUCCGCCGCCCUGGGCACGCCGACUACCCAGGCGUUCCCGCAGAAUGCAGUCCACAGCACUGCCGGGCCGCCUGGUGGCCGCGUGAGCGAUGUCGAGUACUUCCCCCGUGUCGCAUCACCUCCUCUGGAUGGACGCAAGCGACUCUCGCCGUCUUUGGAGGAAGACCUGGCCAAGCAGACAACGGCCCUUUCCCUCGACCCGGUCAUUGAAACUGCCAAUUCGUCGCCAACGCCCAAGCCUGCCCCAGCCAACGGCGGUCGGAGUAGCUUUGACAAUGGUGCCAGGCAGCCGCUGGCCGUUGGUUCGGGGCCGUGGAAUUCGGAGAGGAGAGCGAGCUGGAGCGAGGUGGCAGGUGCGAAUGGGCACUGA